AUGCAAGCACCCGUUGUGUUUAUGAAUACCUCCCAGGAGCGCACCACCGGUCGCGAAGCUCAAAUUUCCAACAUCACCGCGGCCAAAGCUGUGGCGGAUGUGAUUAGAACAUGUUUGGGUCCCAAGGCCAUGCUGAAAAUGUUGUUGGACCCCAUGGGUGGCCUGGUUUUAACCAAUGACGGGCAUGCAAUCCUUCGGGAAAUAGAUGUGGCCCACCCAGCAGCGAAAUCCAUGCUGGAAUUGUCGCGCACACAAGACGAAGAGGUUGGGGACGGUACUACGACGGUAAUUAUCCUUGCAGGCGAGAUUCUAGCGCAAUGCGCCCCAUACAUUGUGGAAAAGAACAUCCACCCUGUAGUCGUGAUUCAAGCCCUGAAACGUGCUCUUAGCGAUGCGCUAGCGGAGGUAAAGCUUGUCUCUCGUCCCGUAGAUGUGGAGAAUACACCUGCCAUGCUCAAACUCAUUGGUGCCGCGAUCGGAACCAAGUACGUUGCGCAGUGGAGUGAAUUGAUGUGCAAAUUGGCCUUGGAUGCUGUCCGCGCAGUUCGUGUGGGCGGUUCUCUUUCCGAAGGCUCUGAACAGGCCGUGGAGGGCGUCUCUCAGCCUCCUUUGGAAAUUGACACGAAGCGUUAUGUUCGUAUCGAAAAGAUCCCUGGUGGAGACGUGACUGAUUCUCGUGUCUUGCGCGGUGUCAUGCUAAAUAAAGAUGUGGUUCAUCCCAAGAUGUCGCGCUACAUCGAAAAUCCUCGUGUCGUUCUUUUAGACUGCCCAUUGGAGUACAAGAAAGGCGAGUCACAAACUAACAUCGAAAUAACCCGCGAAGAAGACUGGAACCGUAUUUUACAGAUAGAAGAGGAGCAGGUCCGUCUUCUCUGUGAGCAGAUUCUCGCUGUCAAGCCAACCUUGGUGAUUACUGAGAAGGGUGUUUCUGACCUUGCCCAGCAUUACUUAUUGAAGGGUGGAUGUAGUGUUUUGAGGCGAACAAAAAAAUCCGAUAACAACCGUAUCGCGCGUGUGACAGGUGCUGUGGUUGUUAACAGGGUAGAGGACUUGAAGGAGUCCGAUGUAGGUACUCAGUGUGGUAUUUUCAAAGUCGAGUUGAUUGGCGAUGAAUACUUUACUUUCUUGGACAACUGUGCAGACCCCAAGGCGUGCACAGUCAUCUUGCGCGGCGCUUCUAAGGAUAUUUUGAAUGAGAUUGAGCGUAACCUUCACGAUGCCAUGGCGGUGACCCGUAACGUCAUGCUUUCUCCUUCUUUAUCACCAGGUGGAGGUGCCACUGAGAUGGCAGUGUCAGUAAAACUUGCUGAGAAGGCGAAGCAACUGGAAGGUAUUCAGCAAUGGCCUUAUCAGGCUGUGGCCGAUGCCAUGGAAUGCAUUCCACGUACUUUAAUUCAAAAUGCAGGUGGAAAUCCUAUAAGGAUUCUUUCGCAACUCAGAUCUAAGCAUGCCCAGGGCAGUUCCACUACCGGUAUCGACGGUGAUACCGGGAAAGUUACUGACAUGGUUGACUACGGUGUCUGGGAACCUGAGGUUAUCAAACAGCAGAGCAUUAAGACAGCAAUUGAGAGCGCUUGUCUGCUGCUGAGAGUAGACGACAUCGUCAGCGGUGUAAGAAAACAAGAAUAA